CCAGCCUCUGAUUGGCUAAAGCGAGUCACGUGACCCUUUCCCAAGCGGAGUUUCCACGACAGCUGGAAGCCGAGCGGCACGGGCGCAUCGCUUCUUUGCUAAAAUUACUGGAAAUAACAAGACUUCUACUCGUCUCAGCACCUCCAGAUAAACCCUGGUCUGGUAUGGGCGACAAGAGGAGUCCCACAAGGCCGAAGCGUCAACCGAAGCCCUCCACCGACGAGGGGUUCUGGGACUGCAGCGUGUGCACGUACAAGAACACGGCAGAGGCUUUUAAGUGCAUGAUGUGUGAUGUCAGGAAGGGGACGUCAACAAGGAAGCCUCGUCCCGUCUCCCAGCUCGUCUCGCAGCAGCAGGUAACGCAGCAGUUUGUGUUGCCCCCGCAGCCCAAAAAGGAAAAGAAGGAGAGAGUAGAGAGGGAGAAGAGCGACAGAGAGCCGGCACUCAAGAAGAACAGUCACAAGAAGAUGAGGCCGAGGUUAAAAAACAUCGACCGGAGCAGCGCCCAGCACCUGGAGGUGACGGUCGGGGACCUGACAGUCAUCAUCACGGACUUUAAGGAGAAGGCCAAGCCCUCGUCCGCCCCGGCGACGUCGUCCAGCACCGCGUCCACGGCCGACCUCCACAGCCAGAACGGCUCCAGCUCGGAGAACACAGAGAAGGGGCUCUCCCGCUCCUCCUCACCCCGAGGGGAGGGGAGCUCCGUCAACGGGGAGUCCCACUGAGUCACCCCCCUCCCUCCGAUCCUCCCACGGCCUCUCCACCCACAUCUCAUCUGCAGGCCCAUGGGUCACUGGUGGAGCAUCCUGCCUUCACUUUGAAAGCUGCACAUUACUGACAAAGAA